GUGACGUUGUCGGAAGGUGUUUGUGCGUUAGCAGGUUUUCCUUUGGAGAUAACCGCAGGUGACGCGCAGGCAGAGAGGCGGCGGCGCGGCUCGGAGGCGGCUUCGGCGGCAGCGGGCCCCGCUCCGGCUCCGGCUCCGGCUCCGGCGCCGACGUCACCGGCUGCGGCUGCGGCUGCGGCUAUAUGAGCGCCGACCGCGGCGCCGCCGCCCCACUGCCGCCAUGGCGCCCGCGCUGCUCGUUCUGCUCGCCGCAGCCGCCUUCGCCGCCGCCGCCCCCGCCGCCCACGCGCCGCACGGGCAGAGGACCGCCAGCUGGGAACAGCAGCUGCUCGACCCCGAGGACGACCCGGAGGCGCUGCCGCCCGCCUGCGACAGCGAGGUGUACUGCCAGGGGGAGCUGCUGCACACCGUGCAGAUGGCGCAGCUCUUCGACGACUCCAAGACGUUCGUGGACAUGAAGCAGCGGCAGGCGCCCGCGCAGACGCUGGCCAACUUCGAGGCGUUCAUGGCGGCGCAGGACGGCCAGCCGGGCCGCGCGGCGAUCGCGCGCUUCGUCGCCGACAACUUCGAGGAGGGCGGCCAGCUGCUCAACUGGACGCUGCCCGACUGGCACAGCAAGCCCGCGCUGCUGAGCCGCAUCGCGGACAGCCGGCUGCGCGACUGGGCGGCCUACCUGAACGGCGAGUGGCCGCAGCUGGCGCGCCGCGUGCCCGACGACGUGCGCCGCAACCCGGACCGCUACUCGCUCAUCUACGUGCCCAACGGCUUCGUCGUGCCGGGCGGCCGCUUCCGCGAGUACUACUACUGGGACACCUACUGGAUAGUGCAGGGCCUGCUGGCGACUGACAUGCCGGAGACGGUGCGCGGCGUGGUGGGCAACCUGCUGUACCUGGUGCAGCAGCUGGGCCACGUGCCGAACGGCGGGCGCGUCUACUACAAGGAGCGAGCGCAGCCGCCGCUGCUGGCGCCCAUGGUGGAGGCGCUGGUGCGCCACUGCGAGCGCGCCGGCUGCGAGCAGCGCACCUUCCUCGCCGGGGGCAUCGCCGCGCUCGACACCGAGUUCCAGUUCUGGAUGCGCAACCGCACCGUGUCCGUGGGCGGGCGCCGACUCGCGCGCUACUUCUCGCCGUCCAGGGGGCCGCGGCCAGAGUCCUACAGUGAAGAUUACAUAAUUGCCCAUGGAUUAUCUAAUGACUCUAAAGUCCAACAACGUCUUUAUACUGACCUGAAAUCAGCUGCAGAAUCAGGGUGGGAUUUCUCUUCAAGAUGGUUCAUAACAAAUGGAACAAAUGAAGGAAAUCUAUCUAACACACAUACAAGAUAUGUUAUACCAGUUGAUUUGAAUGCAUUUUUAUGCAUGAAUGCCAGAAUUUUAUCUGAAUUUCAUACCUUACUGGGAAAUACUGAGAAAGCUGGUUAUUACACAGCAAAAAUGAAUGAAAUAUUAGAAGCAAUUGAUGCAGUAUUGUGGAAUGAUGAAGAAGGCAUCUGGCUUGACUAUGACAUGCUAAACCAAGUAAGCAGGAAUCAAUUCUAUCCCAGCAAUCUGGCACCUCUCUGGACAGGCUGCCACAAAAAGUCUAAAAAGGAAAUACGUGGUAUUGUAUCUUACCUAAAAGACAACAACAUUGAAAAUUAUCUUGGAGGGGCUCCAGCAUCCUUAAUUCUCACUGGUGAGCAGUGGGACUUCCCAAAUGUUUGGCCCCCACUUGAAAACAUUUUAAUCAUGGGUCUGCAGAAGACUGGUGUAAGAGAGGCCACUGAGUUUGCAUUUGAGCUGGCACAAAUAUGGAUACAUGCAACAUAUACUGGCUAUAUACGCUACAAUAAUAUGUUUGAAAAGUAUGAUGCUGAAAAGCCUGGAGAAUUUGGAAAUGGAGGAGAAUAUGUGGUUCAACCUGGGUUUGGGUGGACAAAUGGGGGUAUCCUCGAGCUGUUAAAUGAAUAUGGACAGAAUCUCACUAUACCUGACCUGCCACAAUACCAAAGCAACAGAACUACAAGUAAUGGAGCCAGCACUUCCACUGUUCAUACUGCAGCCGCCGCCUCCACGGCUGCUGCUGGUGCCGCUGCCGCCACAUCGUCUGGCUCCCGUGCUCUGACCAUGUAUGGUAUUCAACUCUGAUUUGAUCAUUUAUGUAAUUUCAAUUGCUAAAUUCAGUGGCUCAAAAUGUGUUCAUAAAAUAAUAACAACCUUGACUUUCCCAGA